UGUCUUCAUUUUGGCAUUUAUCUUCAUCACUAUUUAAAUGGGUAGAGAGAAUUGGUGGGUUUUUGAGAUUUAGAGCAGCUUGAAAUAUUGUCCAUGGCUUGUUUCUUGCUAUGUUCUAAGUCACAACAAGAAAUCCCCAUCUCAGAUUCAGUGGAAAAUGUUCAGAAAAGAGAGCUUUUAGGGAGUAGUGUUAGUGGGGAAGAAGAUUUUAGUUCUGAUAACUCUAAAGUUGCUUUAUGUCAAAAUGGAAACAGAGUAAUGGUGGUUGUGGAUUGGAGUGUUGAGGCUAAAGAAGCUUUGGAAUGGACACUCUCUCAUGCUGUUCAGAAAAAUGACACCAUUGUUCUUGUCCAUGUUCUCAAAAGUUUGAAGCUUCAACGUGAGAGUUUCAUAGGUUUUGAGUUUGGUAAUAAGGUGAAUUACAUAAAGGCCCACAAGCUUCUCUUUUCUAUGAGAAGUAUGUGCCUAAAGACAAAGCCUGAGGUGCAAGUAGAGGUAGCAUUGCUGGAAGGGAAAGAAAGAGGUCCAAUAAUUGUGGAGGAAGCAAAGAAGCAUAAACUUUCGCUUUUGGUACUUGGUCAAAGGAAGAGGCCACUUCUUCGACGUUUAUUGAACAGAUGGGCAAAGAGACGCAGUCGAAGGAGGAAGAAGAAGAAGACUUGUCGAGCCACGGCGGAGUAUUGCAUUCAGAACUCAUCUUGUAUGACCAUUGCAGUAAGAAAGAAGAGCAAAAGGAUUGGAGGAUAUUUGAUUACAACCAAAAGUCACAAGAACUUCUGGCUCUUGGCUUGAUCUUUUCUUUAUUAUUAAUUUUUUCUCAUCUUUUUUGUGCUACAUAGUCUCCCACCUUUUUUGGGUUACAAAGUGAAUACGAUGUUUAGACACUUAGACCUUCAAACUUGGACUUAUGCUAUACUAUGGAGUUAGUUGUUACUGCAUCUAUGGGUAAAGUUUGAAUUUUCACUCAGGAAAAGGUUCUGAAAUUGUAGAUUCAAUCCUACAAAAAGUUAUUCAAAGAUCCUGCUCUGUAAA